ACCCGAACCCGAACCCGAACCGAAGUUGAGACUCACAGUCGAGUCUCCCAUUCCCAUCACCCCCCAGCGUCCCUCUCCCCUCCCAAACCCUAACCCUAACCCUAACGCCGGCCAUGCUCGCCUCCUCUUCAUCGCUCCUCCCCCGCGCUCGCUCCUCCCGCCGCCGCCGCGCCUAUCGCGUCCUACGGCCUGAUCCGAUGGUGAUCGAGCACACCUCGGGGGAGCGGGCCUACGACAUCUUCUCUCGGCUCCGAAGGAGCGCGUGGUCUGCAUCAACGGCCCCAGUCUCCGACGACACGGCCGCCGUCGUCGUGGCCCAGCUCCUCUUCCUCGAGUCGGAGAACCCGCCAAGCCCCUCUCCCCUCUACAUCAACUCGCCGCGCGGCGCCGUCACCGGCCUCGCCAUCUACGACACCAUGCAGUACAUCCGCUCCCCGUCUCCCCUCUGCGUCGGCCAGGCCGCCUCCAUGGGCUCCCUCCUCCUCGCCGCCGGCCCGCCCGGCGCCGCCUCCCUCCCCAACGCCAGGGUCAUGAUCCACCAGCCGUCCGGGGGCGCCACCGGGCAGGCGACCGACAUCGCCAUCCACGCCAAGGAGAUCCUCAAGGUGAGGGAGAGGCUGAACGCCAUAUACGCCAAGCACACGGGGCAGAGCCUGGAGAGGAUCGAGGGGUGCAUGGAGAGGGACCUGUUUAUGUCGCCCGACGAGGCCAAGGAGUUUGGGAUUGUGGACGAGGUCAUUGAGCACCGGCCGAUUGCGCUGGUUUCGGACGCGGUCGAGGGUGGGGAGAAGGAGGGGAAAGGGAAGGAUGAGGGAUCGAGCCCGUAGGCGAAAGGUAAUAAAGGAUGAUUCUUUUUUUUCCCCUUCUAAUUGCUUCUUUGUUAGGGAACAGAGGUGUUGGAUGCUAAUCUAUCUGUAUGCUGCAAGAAACGGUUAGCUCAAUAAUCGCUUGUUGUUUGAUGUUCAUCCUAGCGGCGUUAUUUAGUGGGAGUUACAUUCGUCUUUUUCUAUUUAAUUUCAACGCAAUAUUGAUGUCUUGAGGAAUUGUGUUGUGUUC